AUGCCUACGUCUCGGGUCCGCGGGACUCGCCUGGUGCUGUUGGCCCUGCUUCUGGGCGCCUUGCGAGCGAUCAGCUUUGUCAGCAGCGCCGGGCCGAGUCCUCGGAGUGCCAGCAGCUCAUUGGCUCUCAAUGCGGAGGUCUCGCGGAAGCAAGCGCUGCUCACAGCCGCGGUCCUGGCAUCGGGCGCCUCUGCUGCGGAAGCGGAGGACAUGAAGAGUAAGGUCAAGAGCCUGCUGAAAGAGGACCCCACGCCGAACGACAACGGGGCGCCUGAGAAACAUAUCCCCAAGGUGACAGUCACCGGUGCUUCCGUGGACGUGGUCGUGCCCCAUGUCAUGGACAAGGAAAAGCCGCACUACAUCCAGUACAUUUGGGUUGCGGACGCCUCCUCCGGGGAGGUGCUGGCGGUGAAGUCCUUUCAGGCCACGGAUGGGUCCCCCCCGACGCUCACGGCGUCUCUGGCCAAAGGCACCACUGCCAAGCCCAUGCUCUUCUGCAACUUGCACGGCCUCUGGGAGGGCGAGCAGUUCACGGUGUAG